UGUGGAAUGCUUAUCGGUGUUGAUACGGCACGUGCAGGUCUUUGAGCAGCGCGGCCGGCGAGGCGAGAGAAGGAAGAGCAACUAACUGAUCUAGGUUUUCCCCAGCGACAGAUCCCGACAUUCUUUAUCGCCGCCGAAUCCUCGGGGGCUUUAGGUGGGAGGAGGGCUGCAGUCACUGAUCCUGCUUGAAACAGUGAAAGGAAGUUGAAAUCCUUACAAUAAUAAAAGUUUCAAUCAGCUGAUGCAGUAUUGUCACAAUAUAACUUUAUUAUUUAGUUUGGUUUUGUUACACAUCAAUCCCUGACAAUGAAGAACCAUGAGCGUGCAGCAAAUGUCGCUCUUUUAGGUCUGACUUUGGCACCACUUUUCAUUAAGGUAAAUCCAAAUAUAAAUGUAAUAUUGUCAGCUUGCUUGACUGUAUAUGUUGGGUGCUACAGAUCAGUCAAACCCACACCACCAUCUGAAACAAUGUCAAAUGAACAUGCAAUGCGCUUCCCCCUAGUUGGCAGUGCAGUGCUCCUGUCAUUGUUUUUACUCUUCAAGUUUUUGUCAAAAGACUUGGUCAAUGCUGUACUCACAUGUUACUUUUUUGUGCUCGGGAUCAUCGCUCUUUCAGCGACAUUAUUGCCUUCAAUUAAGCGGUUUCUUCCAAAACAUUGGAAUGAGGAUCUCAUUGUUUGGCAUGCUCCUUAUUUUCGUUCUAUUACAGUAGAAUUCACCAGGUCUCAGAUAGUUUCCUCCAUUCCUGGAACAUUUUUCUGUGCUUGGUACGCUUCUCGAAAGCAUUGGUUAGCAAACAAUGUCUUGGGAAUUUCAUUCUGCAUUCAGGGAAUUGAGAUGCUAUCUUUGGGCUCAUUUAAAACCGGCGCUAUACUUCUGGUGCAUUGCACUUUUAAAAAGUUAGUAAAGCGUUCUUCUCUGUCCUUCCACAUUAUCAUUUUUGGCUCAAAUUUGCUUGCAGGUAUUUUUGUCGCUUUGGCUUUGCGUUUUGAUGUCACGAGGGGUAAACAAAAUCGUUAUUUUAACAGUGCUUUUCUUGGCUACACUGUUGGUCUGGUUCUCACAAUAGUUGUGAUGAACUGGUUUCAGGCUGCACAGCCUGCUCUCCUCUAUAUAGUUCCUUGUGUGGUUGGGUUUGUAGCAGUCCAUUGCAUAUGGCAUGGUGAAGUGAAGCCGUUUUUGGAGUAUGAUGAAUCUAAGAUUAGUGCUAACGAAAAUAGAGAUUCAAACAGUACAGAUUUUGGCAGCAAGACCGAAAAGAAAUUGGAGUAGUUGCUUUAGACUGCAUCUGUAAUCCACAGCGGAUUAUGUACCUUUAAUAUUGAUGUAAACGGCUCAGAAAAUUUAUGGAAUUUCACUCACUUUGUUCAGUAGCAGUAGUUAAAGUGCAUUUUCUGUUGAGCUUUUUUCCAGUCAGAUAUGAGGAUGAGAAAUGUCGUGCUUUUGCUGAAUUCAUUGCCCAAAUCAAAUGCUCUAUUUGACUAAGUUGUUGUUACUAUUGGGAGAAGAUUUGAGUUAAAGAUGGAACUUAUAAUUAUUAAAUUUUAUUUUGAGGUGAGAAUUAUAUCUGCUUGGUUGAUGUAAUGUGAUGGCAAAUCGGUUCAA